AUGUUGCUGUGCCGUCAGCCGGAGCGGGAGCCGGGAACAGCGGGAAUGGGAAUAACAGGGGCGAAGGCCGAUAAGGACUGUGGAAAAGGGGCACGGCACCGGCGCUGGGCGGGAGGACCGCGGGAGGGGCGGGCGUUGGCACUGGGAACUGGGAGCUGGAACCGAGUCACGGAACUGGGUACUGAGGGCGGGGGUUCCAGCCCCCCAUUCCCCCUCACCUCUCGAUUGUAUCCGUGUAAAAUCAUCUUGGGGGCACAACCGCGCCCCGAAACCCUCUUCCGAAGGAGCCUGAGCUGCCUUCCAGUGGGGCACAGGGGCGGUUCCCGGGGGGAAUCCUCGGGGUUUGGGGUCGGUCGGUGUCUAGGGUCUGUCCCGGGUGGUGACACUGGUUUCCUCUCUCCCCCCCAGAUCCAAGCUCUGGGGCAGGAUGGGGUCCUGCAGGCGCUGGUGCUUGGAGAGGGGCAGUGCUCGGACCCUGGGAUCAGCGAGGAGCAGCAUCGGGCCCAGGAGGAGUGGGAGGCUCUGGAAGAGAUCCAGUCAGCGUUGGGGGGCAUCUCGCCUGUGCCUCCUCCCUCGAUUUCCUUCGCGGAGGCGCUGCAGCACUUCCAGAGCUCCGGGCUCUCCCAGAGCCGGAGGAAGGUCCGGGGGCCGGGGCGCCGG